AAUGACCUGACUCAGACACAAGUCGGAGACUACGGCGCGGACAUAACGGAAGUUUAGACGGUUGCUCUGGGUGAACGAAGAGAACACUGACAGCAUCGCAUCAAACAAGAAAUUAUUCUCUCUCCCUAAAUUAACCCAGUUUCCCCUUUCCCUCACACAUGGCGUCCAAUUCUAAUAUAGAUAUUGAGGGUGCGACCCAGCAUCUCCGGGACAUUCUCAAGCUCGACCGUCCCGGGAACAUCACCGAUGCACCUUCAACUGAUGUUCCGAGAAUUCCAUCUUUUAAUGGAGAGCUGAACGGGUUAUUGGGAGCAGUAGGCCUUCUAGGAAGCACUGAUCGGUCAAUUAUGUCAGAAUCUACCAGACCGAUCUCCACAGACCUCUGCAGCACUCAGGAGUGUCAGAUAAUCUGCCUUUCUGGUGAUGAUGGCUCCACCUCUAUCCCCAUCACCUCCAACAACGUGGAGAUUGUGGCGAGUCAAGAUUCCAGCAUCAACAGCAAGGCUCGUGGCAGCAACAAGGUGAAGAUUCAACCUGUUGCUAAGUACGACUGGGAACACAAGUAUUAUUAUGGCAGACUGAUAGCGGUGUCCAACUCCUUCCUGGCCUACGCCAUCAGAGGAGCCAACAACCAUGCAAUGAUUCGUGUCCUGAGUGUCGGUUUUGCUGAGCGCUCUCUUCUGAAGGGCUUCACUGGAGCUGUCACAGAUUUGGCUUUUGCCCACCUCGACUCCUCCCUGUUAGGUUGUGUAGAUGAAGCGGGCAACCUGAUGGUCUGGCAGCUCACCUGCACUGGAAGCAAGAUACUUGAUCAGAUAGUGGUUCAUAUCCGACGGCCAGAAGACUCUCCACUGAACUCCCACCGUCGCCUCAUAUGGUGCCCGUUCAUCCAGGAUGAAGAGAACCCGGAGAACCAGGAGAACCAGGAUGACACAAGCCAGACCUUAGCCCUUCUACACGAAGACGUGGCUGAGGUGUGGGACCUGGAAGUCUUGAGAGCCAACAACAGCAGUUGGCCCAUUGAUGCCACUGACCUAAAAGAUGGCCUCAUCACAGUCAAGGGACAUACCCAGCGAGUCAGUGAAGGCGCUCUGUCUCCAGAUGGAACUGUGUUAGCCACAGCCAGCCAUGAUGGAUACAUCAAGUUCUGGCAGAUAUACAUAGAAGGAGGACAGGACCAGCCAAGAUGUCUUCAUGAAUUGCGGCCUCACGGAGGACGUCCCCUCUCCUGUCUUCUUUUCUGUGACAACCACAAAAGACAGGACCCCGAAGUUCCUUUCUGGCGGUUCCUUAUAACUGGAGCGGAUCAGAACCAGGAGUUGAAACUGUGGUGUACUGUUUCCUGGACCUGUUUACAGACCAUCAGGUUUUCUCCAGAUCUGUUCAACUCAUCAGUUCUGCCAAGUCUGAAGGCCAGUCUGGACCUCUCUUCAGAGUUUCUCAUUCUCACCGAUGUACAGAGGAAGGUUCUGUAUGUGAUGGAGCUGCAUCAGGAUCAGGAUAAAGGCAUGGCCAGUUUCACAGCGGUAUCAGAGUUCCUACUGACCCACCCUGUUCUCAGCUUUGGGGUCCGGGACGUCGCCCACAGCCGAUUGCGGCACACUGAGGUUCUCCCUGCAGAGGAGGAGAGUGAGAGUAUGACAACAGAGGGCACUCAAGGACCAACAGAGUCCAAGUCUGGGAUCCAAAUUAAACUUUACUGUGUUCACACCAAGAGUCUGCAGGAUGUCCAGAUCUGGUUUCAGCCCAACUUGAGUUUCAGCUCUGCACUCUUCCUGCCUCAUUCUGAUUCCCAGGAUGGUUUUGCAGGGUUCUCAGACCAUCUCACUGACCAGAGCUCUGACAAGGAAUCAGGAAGUGGCUCUCAGACCGACCUGAGGAAGAUCCCAUCGCUUCCUGCUCCAGCUGACUUCCUGUCAAACUUGGGAGCCAACAGCGGCAUCAAGCUGAUGACUCCCGAUGCCUUUAUGACACCAAGCACUUCGGUCCCAGCAUCUCCUGGCAGCAGCGCCAGCAGUCUGACCAUAGUGACAGCCAUCAGCAGCAACUCUGACUCGACUAACAGCUUUCUUAAUGUGUGCAGAGCUAUCGACGAUGUCAGUCAGAGUCCUCACAGAGCAGAGAACAACAGCAGCAGCACUCUGGCACUGUCCACCAGCAGUCUGGCACUCUCCACCAGCACUCUGGCAAUCUCUACCAGCAGCCCAAGAGCUGCUUCUGCUGUGCUGCUGCCUGGACUGGAGAACAUGCAGGCUUUAGCGUCUCCUAGUGGUCCUCUUGUGCUUGACGGCCCACAGAUUCUGGACUCUCCCCUCCUGCCACCUCUGUCCUCUCCGACCAGGGCCCGCUCCCCUGACGUCAUCUCCUCAGCCUCCACAGCCAUGUCCCAGGACAUGCCAGAGAUUGCAUCCCAGACCCUGCAGCUUCAGCGUGGACUCGUGUCCAGUAUGGAGUCUUCACCUCUUUCUGCUCUCCAAACAGACAGCAUGGCCUCUGCUGCAUCUGCCCUGCACCUACUCACCUCACCCCGCACAUCCAACAACAGUCUGUUGCCCCUCGAACUCGGAGGUGCAGAUGGGCCAGUGGGCGGGGCAGGGGAGUCAGAGCCCAGACUCAGCCACACCCCAUCUCUACUUGAGAACGCCUUAUCGCAGGAGAACCCUGGAGUUGGUGGAGGCUCAUCAGAUGGGAGUGUUAUCCACACACCUUGGCCCGCUGCGCCUGACAUCACGAGAGAAACCAGGAACAGUCUCAGGGACAAUGGUCUUGGAGACUGUUCAAGAGAGGAGGCGAAGGACAGACGCUUGAGCUCACCUUACCAUCGACGGACGUAUCACCUCACACAGAACGACAGUCAGGACGCUGGCGCUGAACAGAGUGACCCUGAUGAUGAGGUGUCCAGCCUGGUAUCAUCCUCAGGAAAUUGUGGCUCUCGUUCUUCUCACAGACUACCAGUUAAGGACUGGAAGACCUCACCACGUGGCUCGCCAAAAGUAAAGAGGAAGACCAAGAAAGAUGACUGUGAGUCGUCCCAGUCCAGGCAAAUGGACUCUGGUCAGAUGAAUGCAGAAGUGCAGGACGAGUUGUUGAUGCUCCUGCGCAGCCAGCAGAGGGAGUUAACUGAACUGCGUGGGCAGAUUGAAGCCAUGCAGAGCACCAUUAUGGUCCAAGUAGAGCACGCCCUUACUAACCACCAGGAACAAGAACAGCGCAGACUAGAGCGAGUUCUGGCAGAGAGUCAGAAUCAUCAGCAGCAGCUUCAGGAGCAGCUCAGCCAGCAGCUCAGCCACACUCUCAGCUCGGUGCUAACCAACAGAAUGGACAAAGUGCUACGAGAGGAAAUGAAGAAAACAGUCCCACAAACAAUCUCUAAGAGUCUGGAGCCAGUGACGGGUCAACUGAACAAUACAAUUGCUGCCAAGCUGACCGCUGUGGAGAUCACGCUGAAGGACAAUGUCAGCAAGGUGGUCAAAUCCAAGAACACAACGGAUGCAAUCGGUCGAGCGGCAGCCGAAGCGAUGCAGGGGCCCAUCCAAGCAGCCUAUAAAGACGCCUUCCAGAGCAUCGUGCUGCCUGUUUUUGAAAGAGGCUGCCAGUCCAUGUUUCAACAAAUCAACGACAGCUUUAAACAAGGCACACAAGAAUACAUCCAACAGCUUGAGACCCAUAUGAAGAACAAAAAGCAGAGAGAGCAGGAGGCACGAGAACCCAUUAUUUGCCAGCUCCAGCAGAUGAUCGACAGCUUCCAAACCUCCACCGAUCAGCUGGCCAAUAACAUCACAGCAAAUGUCCGGGCAGAGGUCCAGCACCAGAUCCAGAUGAUGGUGGGAAAUUUGCAGGAGACUAUUCUUAGCCAUGUGCAGCGAAUUGUCAAAGGGGAGGUGAGCCUGGCAAUGAAGGAGCAGCAGGCAGUGGUCACCUCCAGCAUCAUGCAGGCGAUGAGGUCAGCGGCCGGCACACCCGUCCCCACAGCACACCUAGACUACCAGACACAGCAGGCCAACAUCCUGCAGCUCCUGCAGCAGGGCCAGCUCAACCAGGCCUUCCAGCAGGCUCUGUCAGCGACAGAUCUGAACUUGGUCUUGUAUGUGUGCGAGACCAUCGACUCUCAGCAGGUGUUUGGUCAGCACCCCUGUCCUCUCAGCCAGCCCGUGUUGCUGUCGCUCAUCCAGCAGCUCUCCUCCAACCUUACAACCCGCUCUGAGCUCAAAAUCAGCUACCUGGAGGAUGCAGUGAUGAACCUGGACCACGGCGACCCGCUGACAAGAGACCACAUGUCCUCCGUGCUGGCCCAGGUCAGACCCAAGCUCUUUACCUUCCUGCAGCAGGACCCCCACAGCCCGCUCAGCAAGAGGGCGCGGCGCCUGAUGAUGAUGCUGCAGGGUCUCGUCAGCCACUAGUCCUAUCAUUUAAAGAGUGGUGCGGCAGAGUUGUUUCCUCAUACAUAUAGAUCAUGACAUUUUUGUUUUGAGUUCAUGUAUGUUUCAGAGGAGAAUACAGCAACACCAACUUCACCUCAACUUUCCAGAGCUGAGGAUGGGCAUGCUGUUGGUUGGAGAUGGAAGACGAGGGUUAAAUGACGAGCAGAAGGUUCCCUCCAGCCCACCUGUCCCUAAAUCCAGCUCUUUCUUUCCCGUUCCAUUACAUCCUAUUUUUCCCCUGCUCUACCCGUACCAGUGAAGUUUCAAGUUAGGAAAUAGAAACUGUUUUUGUUUCUGUUUUGUUAGCUUUUUUUGUGUCCUGGACAUAACUUCAAGGCAAGACAAUAUUUGUCUGGACAACUCCUAAAUUCACUGUAGAUUCUUCCAGACCUUUGUUACUACUGCUUGUUUCCCCCCCUAAGAGGCAUUCUGGUUGUCUGUCAUCCUUUUAUCCCCAUCACGAAACAAGAGACGGUCUCAGAGACGACAGUCACUGAGCCUGGAAUUUCUGGUCACCCCGUCUCCCAGACGCAUCAUACCUGACACUGCUUUGAUGCCACCUCCUCCAAAUGUGCAUAAGACUCAAAGAAUGUUCAGCCGACAGGUCCACAAGGCCCAAACGUCUCCCUUUCUUUAUGUUCUGUGUUCCUCUGACCUGUUAGUCAGACAUGUUGAGUUUUGGGAUACUGAACAAGUUGUGAUGCAGGGCUACUUCUGGGCGUGUUUCGCCUCAAAGUGUCUCCUUGGAUCUUGGCCUUAAUUAAGAGCAAACGUCAGGCUGGGACAUAUAUAUAUAUAUUUUUUAAUACAGAACAGCAUCUUUGCUAGAGCCAACUUGGAAUUCAGUUGCUGCAGGAUUACGCUAUCCUCAGUUCAGGUUUUUUUUUUUUUUUUUUUUAUAUAUAAACAUCCAAGUUAAUCCCUGCAACCAAAAGUAUGUAACAUUCAAAGCCAUUUCAUGUUUGUGGCAUAUUUCCUUUCAGUUAUUUCCUAAUAGGGUUGGAGACAAAAACCUUGCCACGCCAAAUCUGUCUCAGUGCUUUGAAGAGGAUCAACAUGCUGAAUUGUUUUACUGAAAGUUAAUUGAAUUUGUUCCUGCGUUGGUGUUCAAGAUGAAAAGCAUAUCUCAUACUUUUUCAAUCUGGCCUUGUUUUCACAAAUCAUUCUAAUGAAGGUCUCUGAAGGAUACUAACAAGAUUAAAGGAUGAGAAAUAACAUUUUUUGAAAUGUAACAAAUAUUUGCGGAGAUCCUCGAAGCUGAAAAGAAUUCUCCUUGUUUGGAGCCCGACAGGUAGUUAGGCAGCCGUCCACGUGUACAGCUUUGUCCUGUGAAUUGAUCAGACUUCUCCCCAUGUUUUCUUCUGUAUGCCUGUCCCUUUUUUAUAUAAACAUUUAGCGUUUGUAAGACUUGUAUACUUGCUUUAAGAGUCGUCAAACUAGUUAUAAUGCAUAAUAAAACACUUCCUAAACAUAAUUGUUACUGCUGAUGUUAUUUUAUCAGGCAUGUUUGUAAAGUUAAUGUGCAGUUACUUCUCAUAGGCUCUAGGAGGCAGCACUUAGUCGGAAUUCUUGUCACUUGGAUUCAGAAAUCAUUCCUGCUCUUACGGGAUCUGUUCUACCAAACAGUGAAAAGCCUGCACCUGUUUGUUCAUCUUUAACGUGUGUUGGAAGUGUAUGAUACGUUGUGUUCAGCCCAUUUACACACAUCAUUGUUUAGUUGCAGGGUGGCCACACACUUUUGCUGAUUGUAAAAUAAAAGUUCUGUUCAUUUGACCUCUGUGUUUAGAUUUGGUUAAGUUGGAUUUGUCUAGCAAGUGCCUUAUUGUAUUCUACAUGUUUUACUGAAGCAUUUGAUCCCAUCUGGGUCUUUAGACAACUUGUAAUGUUUGAGCAUUAUCCCAUAGCAGCUCCUUUUUACUUUUACAAGAAGUGAAAAUGUUGGAUUUGAAGAAGGGGGAGAAUCUGUAUGUUUUGUUUGCAAACAUUUGACUACCAAGACUGCUGAUUUGAACAGAUAUUUGAAUGAUCAUGCAACAGAGAGGUACUAUUUUGACUACUACCACCUUUCAGUUCAGUUACGGCUUAUUGUCCACAGAGAAGAAGGCGUUACCCCGAGUGGGAGCCGUGUGAGAAACAAAGCUAGUGUGUAUGUUGUUGUUUUUUGCUUUCCAUUCUGUUCACUUCCCUCUGCUUGGAUGAUUAUGUUGUAUCUUUUACAGUUUAUUUUACCCUAAACAUUUUUGGAAUAAAAAAAAAGACUUGUUCACUU